GUCGCCACAUCGUGAGACAACACACAGUUUCGAGCAGAAUGUAAACACCGCUCUGUUGGUAAGCUAGCCGAAUGUUGUUAGCCUUUAUCGGACUCCCCCAAACUGCCUUCACGUUAACGGGGGUAUCGAGUCGCAAUCGAGAGGAGACACUCGUGUGUAGCAAGAAGAAGAAAAAACCCGAAUUCGUACUCUGGCAUCAUGACCAAAGACAUCGUUGUUGGAGAUGAAUUACCGGACUGGGUGGGAGCCAAGGAGUUCUACCAGAAAUAUGACCCGAAAGAGGUCAUCGGCAGGGGGGUGAGCAGCGUGGUGCGCCGGUGUGUGCACAGGCACACGGGUCAAGAGCUGGCGGUGAAGAUCAUCGAGAUCACCGCGGAGAAGAUGACGGUGCAGCAGCUGGAUGAGGUGAAGACCUCCACGCUGAAGGAGAUCCAGGUCCUCAACAUGGUGAAGGGACACUCCUCCGUCAUCACUCUCAUUGAUUCCUACGAGUCCACAACCUUCAUAUUUCUGGUUUUUGACCUCAUGAGGCGAGGAGAGCUGUUUGACUACCUCACGGAAAAGGUUACCUUGAGUGAGAAGGAAACCAGGAGUAUGAUGCGAGCCUUGUUGGAGGCCGUGCAGUACCUUCACUCCUUCAACAUCGUCCACCGGGACUUAAAGCCUGAGAACGUUCUCCUCGAUGACCAAGGACACAUCAAACUGUCCGACUUUGGUUUCUCUGUUCAGCUUCAACCCGGAGAAAAGCUUAGAGAGCUCUGUGGGACCCCCGGUUACCUGGCCCCAGAAAUACUGAAAUGUUCGAUGGAUGAAAUGCACACCGGCUAUGGCCAAGAGGUUGAUCUCUGGGCGUGUGGCGUGAUCCUUUUCACGCUUCUGGCCGGCUCGCCGCCCUUUUGGCAUCGCAAGCAGAUGCUGAUGCUGAGGAUGAUCAUGGAGGGCCGCUAUCAGUUCACAUCGCCAGAGUGGGACGACAGGUCUGACACCGUGAAAGAUCUGAUAUCGAGGCUGCUGGUGGUGGAACCAGCGGCCCGCCUCACCGCCGAGCAAGCCCUAGCACAUCCCUUCUUCAGACAGUACCAGAGGGAGGAUGUGCGUCUCUUCAGCCCCAGAAAGACAUUCAGGGUGUUGAUAGUGAGCGUGCUGGCGUGCAUCCGGAUGUACAGCCGGUACCGCAGGGCUCGGCCGCUGACCCGCGAAGUUCUGGCCAGAGAUCCGUACUCCCUGCGCGGCGUGCGCAAACUCAUCGACGGCUGCGCCUUCCGCAUCUACGGCCACUGGGUGAAGAAAGGGGAGCAGCAGAACCGGGCCGCCCUCUUUCAGAACACGGCCAAAAUCAUGCUGCUGGGCCUGGAGGACUUUGAGACGUAACACGGUCCGGCUCGUCGUUGACCACACUGGGUUUUAUUUAAAACAUUUACAUGCGUUGUCGUGUCUGUGUUUGUGAUCUCAAAUUAUUGUGUUUAAUUUUAAAAUGAGGAUUUCAGGGACCGGGCUGUUUGUGGGCCGUGUCAAUGCGCACAGUGGUUCUGCAAGUUAAGCAUGCACAUCUUAUCUUAUCCGCCCUUUGAUCCAUGUUUGUGGCUUUCUGAAAGUGCUCGUCAGGCCAUAAUGUUUCCAGUUGCGGAUAUGUUGCACAAUCAUUUGACAUAACACAUCACAUAUAAGGUCAUUUGGUGUAUUUAUGAUAUUACCAGUUAAUGGUCAGUAAUAACUGAGGAGAUGACGUGUUUCUAAACACUGCGUGGCUGAAGUGGAUAUUGAAUCGCGGUGAAUCAUUUAUCGUCCACAUAAUGUUACAGUUUACUGAUAUUGCUGUGUACUAAAAGACGUGAAAUAUUUAAGUUGUUUGGAGGGUUUUAGAGAGAGUUACUUGCAGCUAUCGUGCAUGCAGACAUUCCUUAUUCAGAAACCCACCUAAUCUGUGAAGUAGUUUAAAUUAGUGACUCUAUAUAAGCAACACCAUUCCGUACCCGGUUCGUUCUUCAGUUUAAUCAGAGGCGGUUUAACGUAAAGUGCCUCUCUAAGAAAUUGUAAUUGUACAAAUGCAGAUAUGAUGUACAUGGAAAAAACUACGUUUUAUUGAUAAUAAAACUAGUGUUUGAGCCUUAUUGGUCAAA